GUAACGAUUGACACUUAAAAAGUGACACCUGGUUAACUACGCUUAUAUAAUGAGGGAUCACUCGCAUCUUGAUUUAAAGGGAUUCACUUGCAAACCUUCGUCUGAAUUAGAGUUAUUAUGAUUUACUCAUUAUUUUUAUCACUCACAGACAAGCUAAAUCAAAUAGAUCAAAAGUUGAGUAGUAGUGGGAAGAUAAUUCCGUCCAGAAAAAAGGAGAUUAAAAAGCUUAUAGAGCUAUUAAACAAAUUCAAUCCUUAUCUUCUGGACGCAGAAGAAAAGCAAUUUGUAGAUGAAGAACUCUCUGAGUUUCUGGGAAUCAUCAAGCAUGUAGCAUACGAAGCACGUGAUUUGUCGGACGAUAUUCUCCACCAGCAGCAGCAGGAUAAUGAUAAAAGAGGAAAGGUACUCGACUCUUUUUCUAAUUUUUUUCCCGAUCUUAAUUGGGGAGUGAAAUUAAGAUUAUUAAUUAAAAAAUUGGGAAAAUUGGAGAAGCAGAUACCCGUAUUCGAACUUAAUGAAACACCAGUAAAUUGUGAAACUAUACAUGGUCAUCGUUUGGAUGAAUUUUGUCGUGGCCAUGAAGAAAAAGAAUAUUAUUGUAUUGGUAGGGAGUCUGAUAAAAAUCUUAUCUUUAACAAGUUGUUUGAGGAAAACUCGGGGUUCUCUGGGCUGAAAGUCAUAUCCAUAUUUGGCAAGGGUGGGCUUGGUAAAACAACCCUUGCCCAGUCGGUAUAUAACGAUCCCAACGUUCAAUUGCAUUUUGGUACUAAGAUCUGGGUCUCUGUUCCUAACACCCCGGUUUAUCUUCGAAUCAUUGUCGUCAAAAUUCUGGAGGCGUUAUCAAUUUCUGAUUUCGGCGGUGAUCUUCGUGGUUCUGAUAUUGCUCAACUUUUGAGUGUCUUGAGCAAAUGUAUGAAACAAAGAAAAUUCUUAAUAGUCCUGGAUGAUGUUUGGGAUGAAAACUUCGAGAAAUGGGACAGUCUCAAGCAAUCACUUCAAAGUGGCGCUCCAGGAAGUAGCAUCAUGAUCGUCACACACAACAAAGGUUGUGCCUACUUAAUGAGCACCACAACUCUACACGAGCUAAAGCCUCUGUCCAAAGACUGCGCUUGGGAACUGUUUCGGCGUACAGCUUUCCCGGACCCAGAUGAUGAUGCUGCAUUAAAACCGUUUGAUGAUAUCGGCAGGGAGGUGUCACUGUACUGCACCGGCGUCCCUCUCGCGCUGACAUGUCUCGGAGGGCUGAUGCGUACCAAAACAACCACGCAGGAAUGGGUAGAUGUCGUGGACAGCGAUACGUGGGAGCUACUGGAGAUGCAGCCAUUUCUACCGGCUCUGUGCUUCAGCUACUACGCUUUGCCACCUCAUCUAAAACUCUGCCUCGCUUACACUGUAACCUUCCCAAAAGCUCACCUCAUUGACAAGGAGAUGCUCGUAAGGAUGUGGAUGGCGGAAGGUUUCCUCGGCUCAUCCUUAACCAAAGAUUGGGAGCCAGAACUUCUGGGCGACCAGUUCGUUAAGGAGUUAACGAUGCGCUCGCUCUUCACAGCUUGCGGAAAGGGUAAAAACGGUUCCAUAACUCACCUCAAGAUGCAUGACCUGCUGCACGACUUGCUCAUAUCAAUGUGCGGGGACUCCGUCGCGCAAGUCAACUGCUCAUCCCUCGAGAGUAGCAAGGCUCGCCAUGUAUCAGUAAUCUAUAGCAAUCUGGAUUCCAUCGGCGUCUCUAUAGGCAGAAAGGCGAAACAUGUGUCAACCCUGAAAUUCUUUGAAUGCACGGCGGCUUCCAGGAAAAUCUCCCCAAACAUGUUUCAACAGAUGAGACAUCUCAGGGUACUGGAUUUGAGUUAUCUUCGCCUCGAAGAAAUUCCUAGCCAGGUGGGAGGACUGAGGCUUCUGAGGUACCUUGGCCUGUCUCACGCAAAACUAAGCCGGCUGCCGGAAAAGUUAUGCAAUCUACGUGAACUUCAGACUCUGAUCCUCAGUGGUUGUGAAGAACUUGUUGAGCUCCCAAGCAGGUUGGGAGAGCUAUGCAGCUUGAGACAUCUUGAUAUUGAUAAUACUCCUAAACUGAGGUCCUUGCCACCAGGAAUCCAGAGGUUACUAGCAUCUCUUCCGAGGUUAUCUAAAUUCCCGGAUAGUCUCCUUUCCGAGCGACCUCACGAGCUCAAAGGGUACAUGAAGACCUCCUUUCAGAGUUCAAAAAUCAGGUAACUCCAAUCCUUAAUUAUAUUCUAUAAUAUUCAUAAUUCAACAUGCAAGUUUUAUCUGUCCUCCCAAUACGGAAGAAUAUUGUAAAUUCGUCAAAUUAAAGGAAAACAUGCCGAGGGGUUGAAUGUCAUAUCUUGCUAGUGCGGAAUCUUUAUUGUGCGCACAAAUCUCCAACAACAGUAUGAAAACAGUAGCUGAAAUGGAGUUACUUUGCUAAUGCGGAAUCUUUAUUAUGUAAUCCUACUUAGCAGGUCUAGUUUCUAUGUACCCCUCCUAUAUAUUUGUAAUCCAUUUGAUUUACGAAAUAAGUUACUCCGGUUGAAGUUUUAUUGUCAAAAUAUAGUUAGCAAACACGGUGUCUCAUAUAGUUAAACUUAGUCGAUGUUUCUUUCUUUUUAGUCUGAUCUUUUAUGAGGCUGCUAAUGGGAAAACAUGAUGUGGUUUAGUGCAAAUGUCAGAUAUUCAGGUGCAGACUGAACACUAUGAAAUUAAUCAUACAAUGGUAAACAUUGCCUCUCA